AAACUGACCUUCUCUGCUACCCCGUCGCUCGUCCUGAGCCAGACGAGGAGACCUUCAAAGUUGUGUCGGCGUCGUCGAUUUCCCCGCGUGUGCUUUGUUACACACGCAUGCAGCCAUGCCGGUGGAAAUCCCCAGUUUGCAGGAGCUAAACGUGGACGAGAUCAGUGUGUCAUCUGCGGUGCUGAAGGCGGCUGCUCACCACUUUGGCUCCCAGUGUGACAAACCGAACAAGGAGUUCAUGCUCUGCCGCUGGGAGGAAAAGGACCCUCGCAAGUGUCUCGAAGAAGGGAGGAAAGUCAACGAGUGUGCGCUCAACUUCUUCAGGCAAAUCAAGGGGAACUGCGCCGAGUCGUUCACCGAGUACUGGACCUGCCUGGACUAUUCCAAUUUGGCCGAGCUGCGCCGUUGCCGCCGGCAACAGCAGUCCUUCGACAACUGCGUCCUUGACAAGCUGGGUUGGGAGCGACCUGAGCUGGGAGAUCUGUCGAAGGUGACCAAGGUUUCAACCUCGAGGCCCCUGCCGGAGAACCCCUACCACUCUCGCCCGCGCCCCGAGCCCAACCCGACCAUCGGGGGUAAACUCGAGCCUUCUAAAUAUGGCAGCAGGUUGUUCUUUUGGCCUUGGUGAGGUCACGGGCUCUGUCCAAAAGCAGCCAGGGGGGGUCACCAAAUGUUCUGACAGCAACGGUUUUGUCAUUGUUUGGUCCUAAAAGUGGCUUUUGUACAGCUUCACCAUCUUCAUAAAAUUUAUUUUGACGAAAGGAAGGCCGCAUGCAUGAUGCAUCGUAGCUUUCCCGGCCCGCUUCUGUAAAUGUCAUAGGUGAACAUUGCUGUCACAUAAUAAAGAAAUAAAUUAAGGA